AUGGAAAUAUAUAUCAACGAAAUGUGGCUGGAUCCGGCGCUAAAUUUUGAACACCUAAGCCCAUGCAAGGAUAAUCUGUCACUGAAUCACCAGGUACUUGAGCGACUGUGGACACCAAACAGCUGUUUCAUCAACAGUAAAAUUGCUGAAAUUCACGAUUCGCCUUUUAGGAAUAUAUUUUUGAUGCUAUAUCCGAACGGCACUGUUUGGGUUAACUAUAGAGUUCGAGUCAAAGGACCAUGUGCAAUGGAUUUAACAAAUUUUCCAAUGGAUGUGCAGACUUGUUACUUAAUUUACGAAAGUUUCAACUAUAACAAUCAAGAAGUGCGCAUGCGAUGGAAUACAAUUAAUCCGCAUCCGGUAUAUACGGUCAGUCCUAUUUUAUUGCCGGACUUCAAUUUGGUCAAUAUUACGCCUACACUCAGGAUUGAACCCUACCCAGCUGGAAUGUGGGAUGAGUUGCAUGUGAAUUUCACAUUCGAAAGACGAUGUAUAUGGUAUUUCAUGCAGGCGUAUGUUCCCACUUACCUUACGAUUUUCAUCAGGUUCAUUUUUAUGCGUUUUGUGCUAUGCAGCAAUUACACAAAACCCGAAAUGCCAUGCAUCUGUGUGUCUCUGUGUGUGUAUGUGUGUGUUCGAGUGCGUUUUGUUCCACUUCUUCAACCCGAGAAUCUGACAUCCACGUAUCCCUAG